CAUGCACCCAAUGCUGCAGGAGCUUCCAGGGGGACCCUUUCGCAGCGGUGGGGACAGCGGUGGCAGCGGAGCUGAGGUGCUGUGGGUGCCUGCCUGCACCAGGGGAGAUAAUGUGGCCCCCCCUCAUCCUGCUGCUCCUGCUCACGGCGGAGAGGACGGCUCACAGCACCUUCCCCGAGGAGCCCAGCCCCAUCGCCGUGGCAAACGAGGACUAUGUGAAGCACUACGCUGUGUUUGUGGGCCAUGGCAGCAGCCGGCCGGGCGGCCCUGAGGGUGGUGGCACCGAACGCCUCAACAUCCAACGUAUCCUCAAGGUCAACAGGACCCUCUUCGUUGGAGACAGGGACAACGUCUACCGUGUGAGCCUGGAGCCCACUGCUGGCAGUGAGAUGCGCUAUCACCGGAAGCUGACUUGGAGGUCGAACCAACACGACAUCAGCAUCUGCCGGAUGAAGGGGAAACACGAGGCAGAGUGCCGAAACUUCAUCAAGGUGAUGCUGGUACGGAACCAGAACCUGCUCUUCGUGUGUGGCACCAAUGCCUUCAACCCCAUCUGUGCCAACUACAGCAUGGACACUCUGGAGCCCGUUGGGGACAAUAUCAGCGGCAUGGCACGGUGUCCCUACGACCCCAAGCACGCCAACGUGGCACUGUUCACAGGGGGGAUGCUCUUCACAGCCACAGUGACAGAUUUCCUGGCCAUCGACGCCGUCAUCUAUCGCAGCCUGGGUGACAGCCCGACCCUGCGCACGGUUAAACACGACUCCAAGUGGUUCAAAGAGCCCUACUUUGUGCACGCGGUGGAGUGGAGGAGCCACGUCUACUUCUUCUUCCGGGAGAUCGCUAUGGAGUUCAACUACCUGGAGAAGGUGGUGGUAUCCCGAGUGGCUCGGGUGUGCAAGAACGACAUGGGGGGGUCACAGAGAGUGCUGGAGAAGCAGUGGACAUCCUUCCUCAAGGCUCGGCUCAACUGCUCCGUGCCGGGUGAUUCACACUUCUACUUCAACGUCAUCCAUGCUGUGACGGAUAUCCUGGAGCUCAACGGGCGCCCCGUGGUGCUCGCCGUCUUCUCUACGCCCACCAACAGCAUCCCCGGCUCGGCUGUGUGUGCCUUUGACAUGACCCAAGUGGCUGCUGUCUUCGAGGGGCGUUUCAGAGAGCAGAAAUCGCCAGAGUCCAUCUGGACAGCUGUACCUGAGGACAUGGUGCCAAAGCCCCGACCCGGGUGCUGUGCGGCCCCGGGGAUGCGCUACAACUCCUCCAGCACCUUCCCCGAUGAGAUCCUCACCUUUGUGAAGACGCAUCCUCUGAUGGAUGAAGCGGUGCCGUCCCUGGGCAACGCGCCCUGGAUUGUCCGCACCAUGAGUCGGUACCAGCUCCGCAAGAUUGUGGUGGACAAUGCAGCAGGACCAUGGGGCAACCACACCGUGGUCUUCCUGGGCUCCAGCACAGGCACCAUCCUCAAGUUCCUCAUCCAUCCUAAUGCCACCAGCAGCCCGGCACCUGCACCCCCCGGCAGCCAAAGUGUCUUCCUGGAGGAGUUUGAGACCUACCAGCCUGGGAGAUGUGGCCGGGACACAGAGGAUGAGCGGAGACUCCUGGGUCUGGAGCUGGACAAGGCAGCUGGGUCCCUGCUGCUGGCCUUCCCCCCCUGUGUGGCCAGGGUGCCCGUGGCUCGCUGCCAGCAGCACUCAGGCUGCAUGAAGAGCUGCCUUGGGAGCCGGGACCCGUACUGUGGCUGGACAUCUGAGGGCUCCUGUGUCUUCCUGGAGCCCAGCCCCAGGACAUCUUUCGAACAGGACAUCUCUGGUGGCAGCACAUCGCAUCUGGGCGAGUGCGAGGGGCUGGUGACAGAGAGCUUCGUGGACGAGCCGGACGGGCUGGUAUCGGUCAACCUGCUGGUCAUCUCCUCGGUGGCCGCCUUCGUCAUCGGCGCCGUUAUCUCCGGCUUCAGCGUGUGUUGGUUCAUCGGCCACCGGGAUCGCAAGGAGCUGGCGAGGCGCAAGGACAAGGAGACCAUCCUGGCACACAGCGAGUCGGUGGUGAGCGUCAGCCGGUUGGGAGAGCGGCGAGCGCGUGGCGGGCAGCCCGGAGCGCUGCUGGCCCCGCUGAUGCCCAACGGCUGGCCCAAGGAGCUGGGCAAGGCGAGCCAACACGACCUGGACUCGGGCGUCCUGCCUACACCGGAGCAAACCCCGCUGCAGCAGAAGCGUUGCCCCGGUGCCCUCCAGAACUGCACCUGGGAGCAGAGUCACAACAUCAUCAACGCCGCGCUGCGGGACCCUGGUGCCAGCGGCACGCGGCUGCACGCCGGCGCCGGCCGCUCCGCCCGCGGCAUUCCCCUCUCCUGCCACGCCAUCCUGGUGGAUCAGGAGCUGGAGGCCGAACUCAGCGACUCCUCGGGUGACGGGCACUGGGGUCGGGAUCACCACGAGGGUCCCCGCACCCGACAGCACCCCCCCGCCGGUGCCCGCCGUCCUCCCCGCAGCUCCUAUGGCGACUUUGGGGGCACCCCGCGCCCCAGCCCUGACCGUCGGCGCGUGGUUUCGGCGCCUGGUGGGGAAGGGGGGGACUUUGUGGAGGGGCCGCCGUGGCGCCCCGAGCAGCUGAACUUCAAUGCCAACAACGGCACCCAACGCCCCGGUGCCCACCUCAAGAGGAACCACACAUUUAACAGCGGCGAAGCGCCGGCAGGCGGCUAUGGGCAGCACGGCACGGCACCACGGGCACCCGGUGCGGGACCCCCCCGGGCACUCACGGACCUGCACCACCUCCUGCGCUAUGGCAUGGAGCGGACUCCCUCGGGCAAAUAGAAGCUCGCUGCCAGGCUCCUGCACUCAGGCGCUGCCACCGUGGACGUUUUCCUCCGCCGUGCCGUGGCACGGUGCCCCAGCUCUGGGGGGAUGGGGCUGAGAUGCUGCAUGGGGGAUUGGCAGCCCCUGGGUUCCCAUGGGAAGGGUUUGAGGUUUUUCCUUCCUGCCCCCGGAGCUGCACAGAGUCCCUGCUGUCCCCGGCUGGCACGGGGCAGUGCCCCAUGCUCCGGCUGCUUUGCACAGGCUCUGAGUGUCUGUCUGCCCUGUCCCUUCCCCAGGCUGGUCCCAGGGACUGCUGCGCCUUGGGCGGGACUCCCUGGGAGGCAGCAGGAUGGACACACAGACAUGGGCACAGCUGGCGCAGAGCAAAGCAGUGCCCUUUGCCCAGAGCCCCUCAGUCCCAUCAGCCGUGCCUCGGCAUCUUUAGGUGCGUGCCAGCACCCUGGAAACACCCAGCCAGACAGCACCCAGCAGAGGAUGCCAUCAGGUUGCAUCGUCUGCCAAGGACUGGGCAAAACCUCCACUACCCUCACCUGGUACCAGCGGUGAGCUGUCAUCUGUCCCCUUACACCUCCGCUCCCACCGAGAUCCCAGCAUUCCAUUCCCCUCUCCUUGAAAGCACAGCUGGGCGCUGGGAUGCAGGAGGCUGGGGGAUCCCAUCAGACCCACUCUCUGCUGGCAAAGGGUGCCCUUUCGGUGCCACCCAGUUGCAGGUGGCACGAGGGACAGUAGGGCUCUGCAGGACCGCAGGGCUGGGUGCAGGGAUGUGGGCGCUGCAGGUGCUCUGCCCCCUGACUGCAGGGUGGAGGGCAAUUGGUCCCAUGCUGUAAAUAGGGUGCCGGGGCACCGCGGGCACCCCAUCGCCCCGGGGCCGUUCAUGCAUGCGACAGCGGUAACGUCUCUGUAUAACCCCGGAGCCCCGCAAUAAACUUCUGUUUACAAGAGGUGAA